ACUAUAUGAAUUCGUCCAGUGUACAUGUGUCAGAUGUUGAUUAUAGAACACCAUAUGCCCUCUAUUUGAUGUUCCAAUGCAACCUACCUAAACGUCAAUUUCAAACUACGUGAAAUUGCACGUAUCACGAAAGUUAAAAAAAAUACGUGAUUAUCAUGUGUGAAAAAUAACAGUAACAAAACCAAUAUGGCUGAACAGAUUCUCGGCGACUUGGACCUUCCUGGUGAUCUGUGGGAGAUUUUUCAGGUUUGUGAUAUAGGAAUUUUCGAGUUGUUGUCCAUCUCCAUUCAAGAACUCGAACAGUUCUUGGAACCGACAGGUGUAAGUUGGUGUUAUGAUCAACUAUAUGCAAUAAUCGACUCUUGGAGGAAACGUAACAAAGCACAAAUUUUGCGUUUACUCAAAAAGGAGGCAGCACCCGGCUGCGUUAAAGUGGAAAUUCCAGUGGGAGUGCCGCCAGAGGUACUGGCUGCACAGGCGGAGGUACCACUCCAGAAUUUCAAAUCAGAAUCAUGCGCUGCCAACUUUCACCCCAAACGGCUGCCUAAUACGAAGGGAGGUGAACUCCGAAAAGCGAGUGUAGUACCAGGAGAAUCUUCUUCAGUAGAAGUCGAGGAAGAAGCAGCCACUGAAGGCCAAUGUUUUUCGAAUGAAGUAGUGUCAAAUACAACUCAUGUGAGGAAUGGUGUAGCAGAUGCGACAGAAUCGGUUCAGUUGCCAGCCAACCCUGUUUCACACCUGUCUACAGUUAACGAAUCGAACCGGCAAUUGCUGUCAGAUUUGUCCAAUCCGCAUCAACCUCAGGCACGCCAGGUUACUCCGCACCAGUCAUUAUCAGACCAGCCCAAUACACAUCAGCCACUAUCUCCGGCGACCAGUCUGUGCCACGCACAGCCAGAUCAUGCCAACCCGUUGCCACCACAGCCAUGCACAUCCAUUGCACACCAGGCUCAAUCAGGUCAGCCGUUGAUUCCAUCAUUCACUACAAUCUGGCUGCAAAGUUUGCUUCAGUCAACUGAGAAAGGUAAGGACAUCAUCCAGAGAGCGGCACAAGGAGAGCUGUCAGAAUCAAAACAGCGGCAAUUGGCUGGAAUUGUGGCGAAACACCAUCUAUCUCUGAAUAAAACGCUACAUUCAGAUGACUUGGAGCGAUACACCUUGGCAAUCACUACAUUGUUCAAAUCAGAGAAAAAGGAAAGCUACUUCGUUCCCAGAGGUGGAGAUCGACGAAACCCAGGCGGAAAAAUUGCCAAUAAGGUCGGCAAUUUGAAGCAGAAAAGGCGGAAGGAGAACGCAAAAGAAGAAGAACACGUCAAAAAAUACAAACCUAUUUCGGAGGAACCCAAGGGUACAAUAACAGAUGAAGGAACUCGGUGGCUGCUUUUGAAUAUUCAACCGUGGUCCACAGUGCUGGACAAAUGGCCACAAUCUUUCUGCUAUAGGCAACCGCUUUUGCAAAAACGAACCCAAGUGUCCAAGCUUCUCGAUCAAUUUCCGCACUAUAAAGAAGAAUUUGGAUAUCAGUUGAUUGAUUUGGAUUUCGAGGCGCUGUUUCAGGACGCACCGAAAGGAUUAGAAAAACUGAGAACGGUAUGCGAUGAUGCAAAAGCUUACAUUGGGAAACGUGCCUUGGAUCCCUCUGCUGCUACCCUAUUGAAACACUUCGACGGCACAAAUGAAGGUAGUUAUUUUACUAUAACAAGUGGUUUAUAACAUCAAGCCUGGGAUUUCUACUACUACUUUCUACUUUCUUACCCGAAACAUCUUGCGAUUCGUGCUCAAAUUAUUACACACCUGGUGC